AGGAGGAGGGUUGAAGGGAUGAAGAGAGACUGCAAAGAGAGGAAAGCGUCACUGAGCACACUUAGCACUCUCAGCUUUCCGUGUAUGGGUGUGUGCGUGGUCUCAGACAGACUCUCCUUGUUUUGUUUUGUUGUUGUUUUUUGUCUCUAACACAAAUUUGGCUUUCUUUUCCUUUCCAACACAUAACUGCAUCAAGAGGGUGCUUUCCCAUUGGGUACUUCAUAUUUAGGAAAUGGAAUGUCCACAGAAAGUCUGUGUUCAGAGUAAUGCCAAUCUUGACAUCAUGAAGGCUGGAAGUGUCCUGAGGAAAGCAACAUCUCGCAUGUGGAAAGGACAUCGCCACUACAAACUGCAAGAUGACUGCAAGACUGUCAUGUACAAAUCCAGCUGGGAUAUAAUCUCUUAUUCAACCUUCUCUGUAGGUGAUGUGGAGGCAGUGCGAGAGGGCCAUCAGUCUGAAGUGUUCCUCAGUAUGCCAGAUGAAUUCCCUCCAGAAUGCUGCUUCACACUGGUGUUUCGUGGCCGCCGUGGGAACCUGGACCUUGUGGCCUCAUCAGCUGAGGAGGCUCAGGCUUGGAUUCAGGGCAUGCGGAUGCUCAUAGAGAACCUGCAGAACAUGGAUGACUGUGAAAAACUUGACCAAUGGGUCUCUGAUUUGUUUAUGACAGCAGACAAAAACAAAGAUGGAAGGAUAAGCUUUAAGGAGGUUCAAAAGCUGCUGAAGUUUAUGAACAUAGCCAUGAAUGAGCUCCAUGCAAACGCUCUUUUCACGAUGGCUGAUAUGAGCCAGACAGGCAUGCUGGAUGCAGAGGAAUUUGUCCACUUCUAUAAGAUGCUUACACAGAGGAAGGAAAUUCUGGAGUUAUUCCAGGAAUACUCCAGUAAUGGACAGGCACUUUCCCAUUGUGACCUGGAGGAGUUCCUGAGAGAGGAGCAGCUGGAGGGCAAGAGGAGUCAUGAACAUGCGCUUGAGCUGAUCCGCCAAUAUGAACCCUCAGAUACUGCUAAAACCCACCACGUCAUGUCAGUUGAUGGAUUUCUGAUGUACCUGACGUCUGCUGAAGGCACCAUCUUCAACUCAGAACACCAGCAUCUCUAUCAGGAUAUGACACAGCCUCUCAAUGAUUACUUCAUCUCCUCCUCACACAACACAUACCUCUUAGAUGACCAGCUGAAAGGGAGGAGCAGUGUGGAAGCGUACAUUAAGGCUUUGAAACGAGGCUGUCGCUGUGUGGAGGUGGACUGCUGGGAUGGCCCAAAUGGAGAACCCAUUGUUUACCAUGGACACACUUUCACAUCCAAGAUUCUGUUUAAAGAUGUUAUCUCCACAGUGGCGAAAUAUGCCUUUGAGGCAUCGGAAUACCCACUAAUUUUGACAAUUGAAAAUCACUGCAGCAUUGAACAGCAGACAGUCAUGGCUGAGCUCUUAAAGAAUAUCUUUGGUGACAUGCUACUGAAGACUACAAUAGAUGGAAAGGUGCCCGGUGUGCUGCCAUCACCAGAGGAACUUAAGGGGAAAAUCCUGUUGAAAGGAAAGAAGAUUGGAGAACUGGAGGAGUGCUCAGAUGUCGACAAUCUAGAAAGCAGUGAUGUGAGUGAUGAAGAUAAGGCUGUGGACAAGGACAAUCAGGCCACAGAGAGCAGGAAAUCAAAGGAAAAUCUAUCCAAGGAGCUUUCAGACCUUGUUAUAUACUGCAAGAAUGUUCAUUUCAACAGCUUUGAACACUCGCGUGCCUACAGCAAGCCUUAUGAGAUGUCUUCCUUCUCUGAGUCCAAGGCCCGCAAACUUAUCAAAGAAGCUGGAGCUGACUUUAUUCAGCAUAACAGAAGACAUCUAAGCAGAGUGUAUCCUAGUGGCCUGAGGACAGACUCUUCAAAUUAUUGCCCCCAUGACAUGUGGAAUGUGGGAUGCCAAAUUGUGGCCUUGAAUGUCCAGACAGCAGGACUGGAGAUGGAUCUUAAUGACGGCCUCUUCAGUCAGAAUAACCGCUGUGGAUACGUUUUGAAACCUGAGAUCUUGCGCGACAGUGAACAAUGUUUCGACCCAGAGAGGCCCAAUGACCGGAAGGAUUACUUUCCUCUCAGCCUCACUAUCCAGAUAAUAAGUGGCCAACAGCUCCCUAAAGUAAGCAAAAAAGAGUGGUCCAUCGUAGACCCUUUGGUAAGGGUGGAGAUCUAUGGUGUACCUCUCGACCAGACCCACCAGGAGACCAAAUACAUCGAGAACAACGGAUUCAACCCACACUGGAAUGAAACAUUACAGUUUGUGGUCCAUACGCCCGAACUGGCAAUAGUUCGCUAUGUUGUGGAAGACUAUGACAAGACAUCCAAGAAUGAUUUUAUAGGGCAAUACACACUCCCGUUCUCCUGCAUUCAACCAGGGUAUCGUCAUAUCCAGCUUUUAUCAAAAGAUGGCACAAGCAUUUGCCCAUCAUCUUUGUUUGUGCAUAUUAAAAUUAAAACAGCAUCUUAGACUGUCUUCCAGGAACAUAAAGUAUGACAAGAAGCAUCCUGGUGUUGCACUGGGAACUACCUCCACCUAUCGGAAGGCUGUAUUUACUAAAGAAAUGUGUGCUGUUGCAUGUACACACAUCAUAUUUUAUAAAAUAUACCACAUGACAAUUUUUGCCAUUUGUAGCUGCCCUACACAUAAAGGAAAAUGUGCAAACACCAAAGAAACUGUUGUAUUUAGCAGUCAGGUUUUAUUGAACUUAAGAUUAGUAAAGACUAAAAGAAGGUAAAGACUAAAAUAUGCAUUGUAUUUAUAUACACCAGUGCCUCUGUUAUACUGUGGGAAGCAAUUGCUGGCAUGUUCUUUUUUGUCCACUUGUGCUCUUCGAGGGAAUAGUCACUGCAAGUCAAUUUUGACUGAUCACCUAGGUGGAACAUUUCUAUCCUGUUGGGAGUGGUCUUUUCCAGGAUGACUCCGCCCUUAUCCACAGGACACAAGGGCUUACUGAAUGCUGUAAAGAGUUCGAAAAUGAUGUAAAUUAUAUGCUAUGGCCUUCGCUGUCAACCCAAUUAAACAACUAUGGGUUUUUGGACUGACAUGUUAGACAGCGCUCUCAACCACCAUCAUUAUUGAAACAUCAACUGAGGAAAAAUCAACUGAGGGAAGAACGUUUUUCAUUUUCCCUCCAGUACAGUUCCAGAGACUUGAAGAAUCAAUGCACUGACGCUGUUCUAAAGGCUUAUAAUGGCCCAACACCUUACUGAUAGACAUUAUGUUGACACCUGUCCGUCUAUCUAUCGUGCCUUCAUGUUCAAUUAAUAAAAGGUAUUCUCUCAAGUAUUAAAAGUAUAACUCUGCUUAUCGUUUUAGUCUCAAGUACUGCAGCAUCUGAGAGAUAAAAUGGUCAUAAUGACCAAGACCUAAACAUACCAUCUUGUAUAGCAUGAAAAGGAAGACAUCAAAGGAAAUCAAAUGCACCGGAUAGAUUCAUGGUCUUUGUGGUCAUGUUUUGGAGGGGUGGAGAGGAGAAAAAAAGAAGCCAGAGAGAGAAACAGAUGUCAGAGAGGUGAGUGGUGGCACAGACUCUUACUUUUGUAAUGGGAUAAAGGCAGAGGAGCAACGUGCUCUACAGAUCUGAUUACAUUCCUGUGGGCAUAAAUUGAGAGCAACUAAGUAGGCCACAAAAAGGGAUGGGUUACUAUUAGCCCUUCUCAAGUUAUUCAUUCUAUGUUUGUUACUGUUACAUGUCUUACCCUUUCUUAACCAUUUCCCCUCAGACAUCUUUUUUUUAACAUCCAAAUUGUUCUUGCUGGACCCAUUUUUAAGAUUAUUCAAGAAUUCUGCCAACCUUUGUAAAAGUGCAUUC